UUGCCCUUAGUUAUGAUUAUAAGUCAUACUAGCGCAAAGUUGGAUACCCACUUUCAAUGAUUUAAAACCAGACUGCACCGAAAAAUGCAUUGUUUUUUUCAUAAAAUAAGGUCAUUUCUGAAUAAUGCUCAGUAAGUUUGAACUAGAAUGAAAUGUUAUAUCAGUUCUGAACUAAGAGAUUCUCACAGGUAAGCAGCAUUCGUGAGGACGUGAUAUUUUUUGUUCAUCAGCGCAUGUGAAAAAGAAAACAAAUAACCUUCUCAAGUAGAACGUAAAACAAACUGGGAUGGCCUUUCUUUACAAAACACAAAUCGUUAAUUACCUUCGCAGGACAAUAACUUGCCGGCGCUACCCAUCACUGGUAAGAAGGCAGGACGCUCAAAUAAAAAAACAUCUACCUAAAUAGAUUCAUACAUACAGGAGCGAUGGGUACGAUCUCAUCAGGUAAUCACAACGGCUAUCCUCAGACGCAUAAAUAGAUUUCGAUAGACGUAUUUCCCCAGUAUUUUAUCAAUGACAGUAAAGGGAAAAACCCACGUCGUAUCGAUUCAUCCGUACAACUGGUGAUUUAUGCUCAGUCACAAUCUAUCAGGAAAGGAGGAGCAAACAGUGCAAAAAAUGGCCCAGAAACCGUACGUCGUAAUCACCGAACAACCGCAGUCGAAAGCUUUGCGGUUUCGCUACGAAUGCGAAGGACGAUCAGCUGGCUCGAUUCCAGGAGUGAGCAGCACCGCAGACCACAAGACAUUUCCCACAAUCGAAGUUCGCGGCUAUACCGGCCGUGUGGUGGUUGUUGUUUCGUGCGUCACCAAGGAUCCACCCUAUCGACCUCAUCCACACAAUCUGGUGGGCAAGGAUGGCUGCAAGAAAGGGGUUUGUACGGUGGAAAUCAACAAAAGCGUCAUGAGUUAUACGUUCUGUAGUUUGGGAAUUCAGUGUGUGAAGAAAAAGGACAUUAAAGAUGCGCUUCGACUGCGUGAAGAGAUUCGAGUGGAUCCGUUCAAGACGGGUUAUGGCCACGGGAGGCAACCGGCUUCGAUCGACCUCAACGCCGUCAGACUAUGUUUCCAAGCAUUUCUGGAAGGACCGCAGCAGGGACAUUUUACGAAUCCACUAGUGCCAGUUGUUUCCGACAUAAUCUACGACAAGAAAGCCAUGUCUGAGUUGGUGAUAUGCAAACUAAGUCACGUAGCGGCACCGAUGUCAGGAGGAAAAGAAGUCAUUUUACUGUGUGAAAAAGUGGCAAAAGAGGAUAUAGCAGUGCGUUUCUAUGAAGAACACCAAGGUAAAAUUGUAUGGGAAGAUCAAGGCGAAUUCCAGCAUUCAAACGUCCACAAACAAGUAGCCAUCAGUUUCCGAACACCACGAUAUCGAUCGCUGGAUGUUGACUUCCCCGUGAUGGUUCACAUUCAGCUGCAGAGACCAUCAGAUGGAGCAACCAGUGAGCCCGUACCAUUCGAAUUGAUUCCAGUAGAUGGGGACAACUUUUGCAAGAAGCGGAAACGGUCCCAGUUCAACAGUUUCGAGUUGACCGAACAGAACACACGUAAGGAUAUGCAACAUGCUGCAUCGAUGGAGCCAAAAGAAAGGAUGAUAAAGAUAGAACCUAUGGAUUCCCAUUUCCAGCAGCAGUAUACCGCUCAAAACGCAUAUCGCAAUCCUACAGAGUCACCGGAUGGUAACAUGACACCGAUGACUGCCGCUUCGCCGUACGAAGGAGCUAUCGGUUAUCAAGCUGGUAAUGAAUAUUACGUCGUGAAUCAUCGAUAUCAAAGCAACUACAACAAUUUUUCCGUUGGUGGACCCUCGAAUGGCUACCAGCAAUACCACUACCAACAAACAGGAGUACACUACGGCAUGAACAACCUAGCCGGAGCAAGCCUACCUGUGAAUGGCCAACAAGGUUUCAAUCUGCAGCAGCAACAGUCACAGAUGCCCGACAAUCUCGAUUGCCUGCUAGAUAUGGAACUGGCAAAGGGGUUCCCGAUGAACUCGUCGGAAAUCAAAACCAUGAUCGGACAGAUCGAGCCACAGCGCAUGCAGCAGGAAGAGGAAAAUUUGUCCAAUAGCUUCACCAAACUGACAACCAACACCACUGUCAACAACAUGAACAAGUAGAGAUGGAUGGUAUUUUCAAACAUAGGAUUAGAUGAAUGCACGUGUCCUGGUUGCUUGCGGGAUAAAGUCAUACUAUAUGUGAUAUACUGUUAAGGUGAUUGUUUUAAGCAAAAGCUGUACUCUUCCUUUAUUUAUUUAAUAAAUUGGUCAAAUCAAAAGGUU